AUGGAACAUCUGUUCCAUCUGUUUGGGCGCGCAAAUUACUCCAUCGUACUUAAUGUUAAUUGUUGUUUUAGCAAGUCUUUUUUGUUGUUAGUGAGUAACUGUUAUGACAGAAUGUUGAAUUUAAAUUGUGUUAUAUGCGCCGAGCUGUUCUCACAAUCAGACGAUGUAUAUGUAACAACAUGUGGGCAUAUGUUCCACCAUCAAUGUCUGAUGCAAUGGCUGCAGCGUUCCCAAACAUGUCCCCAGUGCCGCAAUAAAUGUACAACACGCAAUGUUACGCGCGUCUAUUUCAACCUGGCUAACCUGGAUGUUAGCCGCAUUGAUGUGGGCACCUUGCAAGAGCAACUGGAUAAUGCCAACCUUUCCUUGAAAAUCAAGGAAAAAGAGACUAAAAAGUUAGACCAGCAGAUCAAAGACCUAAAAGACACACAAAAGAAGUGCAUGAAAACUAUAGCCGGUUUAGAGCAAAAGAUGCAAAAGAAUGAAUUUGUAUUGAGCAGCUAUGUGGAACAGAUCAAGGUGCUAAAAAGUGAUAGUCUGGUGUUGGAUAGCUUGAGAAAGGAAAACAAAUCGUUAAAGCAGCAGAUUCAUACUAUGGAAGGUGUUUCCGCUAUGCUAGAUGCCAAUUCCGCCGAAGUGGAACGCUUGUUAAAGAAUGAAUCUAAUCCUCAAGUUCUGGCCAAUUGGGUCGCCACAAUUAAACGUGAGUUGCGUCAGAGCGAAACCAAGAAAACGGAGUUGAGAAAUAUCAUCAGAGUGGUGCAGCAUGACUUGCGCAAGGAACUGGACAUUAAGCGUACCAUGGAGGAGCGCAUCUCACACUUGGAAAGCGAUCUUUAUCAAGCUCAAGAGAAGAUCGAGAGCAAAGCGAGUAGUGCUUUAGAUUCUCCUAAUAACUCUGUUGGAUUGAAUCAUAAUAUACUUGCCCUGAAAAGAGGCGAAAAGCGGGCCACCAUCUCUCCGACAACGAAAGAGAACAUUAAACGCAUUGAAGAGUCAACUUCACCAUACCUUAACAUCAAAUCCAGCAGCGUGGGAUUGUCCCAUUUACUCGCCAGCAAAGCAAAACUAUCGCCGACCAAAGGGAGCAGAGGUUUACUAAGUGGUCCUCAUGCAACAACCGGAGCUAUAAGGAAAACAACUAGUGAUCUCAGCGAAAAGUACUCCAUCUUUAAGAAGCCUCGCCUAAACCUAGGCUCUGUAAGCACAGGAUUACAUGCUGCAACAAGUUCUAAUUUAGUGUUCAAUGGUGUAGGUGGCUCCGAGAAGCCCGAUCCCUUUGCCCAGCGGGACGAAGAGGAGAGGCAACAAGACCGCGAGAUACAGCCACAGCUUUUAUCAAAGAAUAUCAACUCGCGACUCAAAGCUGGUACUUUGCGAAAUUUCAAGCUGGGCAAAUAAUUGCUGGCAAUUUUUGUUUGGAAAAUCUUCAAUGGCCAAGACUGUCUCAGGAUUAACUUUAGUAGGAUUGAAUUAUACGCUGCAGUUGCAUUUAAUAAGUUAGUUGUUAUCGGUGUGAUUAGGAUAAGUAUUAUAAAAAUAUAAAAUAUGUGUAUAUA